UCUCCUCUCUCUCUACCUUCUUCGUCUCGAAGCGAUCACGAUUUUGACAAUAAUGAAACUCAGAGAUCUCCGAACGAAAUAGACGAGAAUCCUCAAAACCCUAACCCUAAUCUAAAAUUUUGCCCAAACAAAUUAGGGCAAAAUGUCGCUGAUUCCUAUCGUGCGCGAUUACAUUGGGAAAAUGCUUCAAGAUAUCUCGGGAAUGAAAGUUCUCGUCCUCGAUUCUCAAACUGUUAGCGUUGUUAGUGUUGUAUAUUCACAGUCAGAACUACUUCAGAAGGAGGUGUUUUUAGUAGAACUGGUUGAUUCGAAGUCUAAAGAAUCAAUGGCACAUCUCAAAGCAGUCUACUUCCUUCGUCCGACAUUGGAGAAUGUUCAACACUUGCGACGGCAAUUGUCUACUCCUAGAUUCGGAGAAUAUCACUUGUUUUUCUCCAACAUUUUGAAGACUACCCAAAUUCAAGUUCUUGCUGAUUCAGACGAGCAAGAAGUUGUCCAACAAGUUCAAGAUUUUUUUGCUGACUUUAGUGCCAUCGAUCCUUAUCAUUUCACCUUGAAUUUGCAAAUGAAUCAUGUAUACAUGCUUCCAGCUGUCGUAGACCCUACAUCUGUACAAAGCUUUUGUGACCGAGUUGUUGAUGGUAUAGCUGCAGUAUUCUUGGCACUUAAACGUCGACCUGUCAUUCGUUAUCAGAGGACCUCAGAUAUUGCAAAAAGGAUCGCACAGGAGACUGCAAAGCUUAUGUACGAGCAAGAAAGUGGUCUUUUUGAUUUUAGGCGAACUGAAGUCUCUCCCUUACUUCUAGUAGUUGACAGGAGAGAUGAUCCAGUUACUCCUUUGUUGAAUCAGUGGACAUAUCAGGCUAUGGUUAAUGAACUUAUUGGCAUUGAAGACAACAAAGUAGACCUGCGGAACAUUGGAAAAGUCCCUAGUGAUCAGAAGGAGGUGGUACUUUCAUCAGAGCAAGAUGCUUUCUUUAAAGCUAACAUGUAUGAAAAUUUUGGGGAUCUUGGGAUGAACAUUAAGAGAAUGGUGGACGAGUUUCAACAGGUUUCAAAGAGUAACCAGAAUAUUCAAACAAUAGAGGAUAUGGCCAGAUUUGUUGACAACUACCCUGAAUAUCGGAAGAUGCAUGGGAAUGUCUCGAAGCAUGUCACAAUGGUAACAGAAAUGAGCAGAAUUGUUGAAGAGCGGAAACUUAUGUUAGUUUCACAAACUGAGCAAGAGCUUGCUUGUAAUGGUGGCCAGGUGGCAGCUUUUGAGGCUGUCACCAAUCUCUUGAAUGAUGAAAGUGUCUCUGAUCUUGACCGUUUGCGAUUAGUGAUGCUCUAUGCUUUGCGCUAUGAGAAGGAGAGUCCUGUGCAACUCAUGCAGCUAUUCAACAAGUUAGCUUCGCGGUCUACAAAGUAUAAGUCUGGUCUUAUCCAAUUCCUCCUAAAACAAGCGGGGGUUGACAAAAGAACGGGAGAUCUGUAUGGAAAUCGUGAUCUCUUGAACAUUGCUCGUAAUAUGGCGCGGGGACUUAAGGGUGUAGAGAAUGUGUACACCCAACACCAGCCACUUCUUUUUCAAACCAUGGAAAGCAUCAAUAAAGGGCGUCUCAGAGAUGUCGAUUAUCCAUUUGUUGGAAAUCACUUUCAGCAGGGAAGGCCAGUGGAGGUCGUGAUCUUCAUAGUUGGAGGCACGACUUAUGAGGAGGCACGAAUUGUUGCUUUGCAUAAUGCUACCAACUCAGGGAUACGUUUCAUACUUGGAGGUUCUGCAGUUCUCAAUUCUAAGAGGUUCAUCAAAGAUUUGGAAGAGGCACAGAGGGCAGCCCGUUUGAGCAGCACAGUUUGAAUCUGGACACAGCCUCAGGCAGAAGAACAUUGAAGAAAUUCUCUGCCAGCAAAAAUUCUCACGGACACUGCGACAAACAAAUAGAAGGGAGCUUUUCUUGAUGUAACAAUUGUUAUGGACUUCAUUACGAAAAUAUAUACAUGUGAAAAUGAGCAUUGAAUUUCUGGGGUUAUUUUCUUGAUAGGUUCUGGAAUAUCAUCUGUACCUAACAUCACUUCAAGGAUAAUGGGGUUGUUUGAUACAUAAAAUUUUGUAAUUGCAAGUGUAAUGUGUAGAAGAUGGAGUUGCAGUUGAUUGUUUCGCUGUUA